GAGCACAGUGCCUGGCUCGGACCGAAGUGAGCACUUGGUGACGUUAGCCCCAUUCUUAGGGUGUGGUCAGAGCAUGGGGCCGGUUCCACAGGGAGCCUAGAAGGCCAGAGGUGGAGUUCGGGCUUGGUGGAGUAGGGCUGAGAGCUGCUUCAUGCGUUUAGUGACGUGAUGACAGGUGUCUUCCUUCUGACCUCUUGCCAGCUCCAGAUGCUGUUUCCAGCCCCCGUGAUGUCCUUUCUUAGAGACCCUGGGGUGGGUCAGCCCUGAAUCAGGAUUACUUUUCUCCCUGGAGAUUGGGGGCGGGUGGAGAGGGCCCUCUCAGGAUGUUCUCCAGUGGCAGGAGCCAGGUGUGGCGUUUUUCUCUCCUUCUGCGUCUGUCUCCCUGACCAGCCUCUGGACGUCCCCAGGGCCGUCUCGUCUGUGCAGCUUCGAAGCUCCCCUGCUGACAGUCAGGAAGCACGUGGACUCAGUGAACUGGCGAGCUCUGUCACAGGCUGGCCUGGCCUGUGGAGGAGGCGGUGCCUCCAUCAGAACCGUCAGGAGCUGAAUCAGGCCAGGAGAAAGUGGUUGGUGAAGGCACAGCGGGCGUCAGGAUGAACAUGUUCUGUGUCCUUGCCCCACCCCACCGUGCCCAGCUCUUAGGGUCAGAAAGGACCUCCUCCCCUGGUUCCUCAAGGCGUAGCUUCUAAGCGUCUCUAGCAGAUGGAGGCAGCUAUGCCAUCCGCGACUCCCAGGCCCCCAGUCUGAGCUCAGGGACCGAGAGCUCCCCCUCGAGCCCCACCAGACACAACUGGGAGAUGAAUUAUCAAGAGGCAGCAAUCUACCUCCAGGAAGGCGAGAAUAACGACAAGUUCUUCACCCACCCCAAGGAUGCCAGAGCGCUGGCGGCCUACCUCUUCGCACACAACCACCUCUUCUACCUGAUGGAGCUGUCCACGGCCCUGCUCCUGCUGCUGCUCUCCCUGUGCGAGGCCCCAGCCGUCCCCGCGCUCCGGCUGGGCAUUUACGUCCACGCGACCCUGGAGCUGUUCGCCCUGAUGGUGGUGGUGUUCGAACUCUGCAUGAAGUUGCGGUGGCUGGGCCUCCAUACCUUCAUCCGGCACAAACGGACCAUGGUCAAGACCUCCGUGCUGGUGGUGCAGUUCAUUGAGGCCAUCGUGGUGUUGGUACGGCAGACGUCACACAUGCGGGUGACCCGGGCGCUGCGCUGCAUCUUUCUGGUGGACUGUCGGUACUGCGGCGGUGUCCGGCGGAACCUGCGGCAGAUCUUCCAGUCGCUGCCGCCCUUCGUGGACAUCCUCCUGCUGCUGCUCUUCUUCAUGAUCAUUUUCGCCAUCCUUGGUUUCUACUUGUUCUCCCCUAAUCCUUCAGAUCCUUACUUCAGCACCCUGGAGAACAGCAUCGUCAGUCUCUUCGUCCUUCUGACCACGGCCAAUUUCCCAGAUGUGAUGAUGCCGUCCUACUCCCGGAACCCCUGGUCCUGUGUCUUCUUCAUCGUGUACCUCUCCAUCGAGCUGUACUUCAUCAUGAACCUGCUUCUGGCCGUGGUGUUCGACACCUUCAAUGACAUCGAGAAACGCAAGUUCAAGUCUUUGCUGCUGCAUAAGCGGACCGCUAUCCAGCAUGCCUACCGCCUGCUCGUCAGCCAGCGGAAGCCCGCCGGCAUCUCCUACAGGCAGUUUGAAGGCCUGAUGCGUUUCUACAAGCCCCGGAUGAGUGCCGGGGAGCGCUAUCUCACUUUCAAGGCGCUGAAUCAGAGCAACACACCUCUGCUCAGCCUCAAGGACUUUUAUGAUAUCUACGAAGUCGCUGCCUUGAAGUGGAAGGCCAAGAGCAACAGAGAGCACUGGUUCGAUGCGCUCCCUAGGACGGCCUUCCUCAUCUUCAAAGGAAUUAAUAUCGUUGUGAAGUCCAAGGCCUUCCAGUAUUUCAUGUACUUGGUGGUGGCAGUCAACGGGGUCUGGAUCCUCGUGGAGACCUUCAUGUUGAAAGGCGGGAACUUCUUCUCCAAGCACGUGCCCUGGAGUUACGUCGUCUUUCUGACUAUCUACGCCGUGGAGCUGUUCCUGAAAGUGGCUGGCCUGGGCCCCGUCGAGUACCUCUCCUCCGGAUGGAAUCUGUUCGACUUCUCCGUCACGGCGCUCGCCUUCCUGGGACUGCUGGCUCUGGCCUUCAACAUGGAGCCCUUUUACUUCAUAGUGGUCCUGCGGCCCCUGCAGCUGCUGAGGCUGUUUAAGUUGAAGAAGCGCUACCGCAACGUGCUGGACACCAUGUUCGAGCUGCUGCCCCGGAUGGCCAGCCUGGGCCUCACCCUGCUCAUCUUCUACUACUCGUUCGCCAUCGUGGGCAUGGAGUUCUUCUGUGGGAUCCUCUACCCCAACUGCUGCAAUACGAGUACGGUGGCAGACGCCUACCGCUGGCUCAGUCACACCGAGGGCAACAGCACCGCCGUGGAAGAGGGUUACUACUAUCUCAACAACUUUGACAACAUCCUCAACAGCUUUGUGACCUUGUUCGAGCUCACAGUUGUCAACAACUGGUACAUCAUCAUGGAAGGCGUCACCUCUCAGACCUCCCACUGGAGCCGCCUCUACUUCAUGACCUUUUACAUUGUGACCAUGGUGGUGAUGACUAUCAUCGUCGCCUUCAUCCUCGAGGCCUUCGUCUUCAGAAUGAACUACAGCCGCAAGAACCAGGACUCGGAAGUGGACGGCGGCAUCACCCUUGAGAAGGAAAUCUCCCGAGACGAGCUGGUUGCUGUCCUGGAGCUCUACCGGGAGGCGCGGGCAGCCACCUCGGACAUCACCCGGCUGCUCAAGAUCCUCUCCCAGAUAGAGCGGCACGAGCAAAAUGCUGUGGUGUUUCUGGGACGGAGAUCAAGGACCAAAAGCGAUCUGAGCCUGAAGAUGUACCAAGAGGAGAUUAAGGAGUGGUACGAGGAGCACGCCCGGAAGCAGGAGGAACAGCAGCCACAGCUGAGCGGCAGCGGCGGCCCCGCCACCCAGCAGCCCCCAGGCAGCCGCCUGCGCUCCCAGACGAUCACCUAACCUGCGCUCGCGAAAGCCAUCUCUUCUAUGCAAUAACACAAUAGUAUUAUUUUACUACGAUGUAUCGAAAUAACGUGUGUGUAUAUAUAUAUACACGUUCAUAUAUAUGCACAUAUUUAUACAGAGAAAAAGGAAGAGACAGACAGACGAUGGGGUUUGGUUGUAACCACCUUGCCCUGUCUUCCUUAACCCCAGAAGUCAGCUUGGUUUGGGGGGGUCAGGCCAGUAGGAGUCUUCCUGACACGGGAAGUUCCAGAAGGCCCCUCCACAGGAAGACCACUUGAAUAGAUUCCGCCCCUCUCUGCAGGGCCAGCCUUGAAGCGGCCAGCCCUCCCUGGGCCAGAUCCGCACCGUCUUGCCUGUGCCGCUUUCAGACCUGCGUCCCAGCUGACGGCUCCCCUGUGAGCGCUCCCUGCGGCCCGGGCCAUGGGGUCUCCGUGUCUUGCUUUAGGGACAAAACCACUUAGGAAGGAAAGAAGCCCCUUCCUGGGGGCAGUAUUUAUAUGCAUAUGAUAGCGCACUAGAACAUCUCCUCAGGGAGCCAGAGCCUAGGCCUGAUCGGAGGAGUGACCAAGGGGUGCGAUUAUCCCGUGUGGUCAGAUCUCAGCGAGCCCGCACUGGGCAGCGAGAUUGCGCUGACAGCUUCGUGUCCCGCCCUGCCAGCCUUCGCUCCCUCACUUUGGUUUCAGCCCUCAUGGCUGACGAUCUUCUGAAAUGGCCUCCUUUGGAAUUGGGGCCAGGCGGGAGGCACACAGGCGAGAGGCUGGCCGAUGGCUGCCACCCAGACCACAUCCUGGAAUGGGCUUUCUCCACUAAUCCCUUUUCCUUGGGUCAUCCUGCUCACACAAAAAGACGAUUUGGUCAAUUUGGGAUUCUGCUAAAGACAAAGCAGGUCCUUCACCAGUGCAUUAGGUUCCGCUGUUGGGAGCGGGAGCAAAGAGCAGACGCUCACUGUGGGGUGUCACAGCCCUGUGGCUGACCCCUGUCGGUCCAUGUGGUCAGUUCCCCCCUCACCUUGGGCAGUUGCCCUCCGUGGACUCGACUGAGGCAGGAGAGGGCACUCAGCUCACCCCAAGGUCCCACUGGCGGGAGUGGUUGGUACCUGAGGUCCCUUGGCACCUUGGGGAGUUCUCUGGGAUAGAGCAUUGUCCAGGCAGGACCCACGGUGAAUCCAGAGCAGGCCGUCAGGGCUGGUGGCCCUGGUGAGUGGCGUUGGUGGCAGCGGAGCAGCGUCAGGGCAGAGGAGCUCUGGCUCGGCUCUCCUGGGUUGCAGACCCAGCAUGGCGUGUGGGGCAGAGAGGGAGGGGGAGCGGCCCCCACUGGGCAUCCUGGCCCAUCCCAGCUUUCUGCUGCCUCCCUGCCCCCCGGGACAGGAAGGUGGGCGAGCAGAGGCUCCCCCAGCCACAUCCUCCUCCCAGCAGGACAGGGCCUGAUCCCAGGGGUGCCGUCCCCCACUCCCCGCUCUGCACCCCUGGCCGUCCCCAAGGCCACACCUUCUCGGUGCAGCCCCCGGGACACUGCACAGCUCUGCCUGCACCAGGGAGAAGUGGGCGUUUCUGUUUGUAAAGCACAGCCCUUUGGGGGAAACAGUGAAUCACUGGGAUUCCCACAGGUGGGCGAUCAGGAGGUGACAUUGUCCUCUUUGUCUCUGGAGGGCCACCGGCAACUUGGGGCACCGAGCCCAGGCUGGAACCCCGUCCCCUCUCCAGAGAAGAAACUUUAUCUGCAUAAUUGGGUGCCUUUAGCUUUUGUGUAUUGAAACGGGCAUUUUUGAAGCAGGAGUCAAGGGGCAGCCUUUAAAGGGGGCAUGAGUCCUCUGACCUGAGCGUCUGGGCCUCCUUCUAGUCCCUUCCCCUGUCCUCAGGAAGCUGAGCCCCCACCAUGUGACGGCUGGUGCCAGGAAGGGUGCAGCCCUCCAGCCCUGUCCUGAGAAAGGCCCUGGUUUCAGCCAGGAUGGGGCGAACGCAAAGCGGCAACAGUGCUGGUGGGCCAGACUUCAGCUAGCGGGGGUGCCCUUGUCACUGAGCUAAGGAGAGCUGUCUCUCUGGGUCACCAUGACUGCCUCAAGUUGACGCUCAACCUUGCACAUAGGCCCAUCGAGCAGGGAGUGGGUGUCACCCAGGGCUGUGAGCUCUGAGGGACCCGGGACAUCUCCAGCUCAGGUGCCCUCUCACCUCCCGUGUCACAGCUGAGUGAGACCAAGGUGAGACUCGCCGACGUGCCCUGGGUCACCCAGCCUGUCAGUGGCCGUGAUGGCACUGUGCCCCUGCCCUGCUUUGGGGGGACGCCAUCUGGCCCCUCCUCCUCGCUUCCCUCCCCCAGCCCAGCCUUACGCCACACCACGUGACAAUCAUUUUGUACGGAUAGCGGGAGGAACGCUGUAAGGUUUUGUACGUUGGUGAUUUCUUACCUAGAAAACCCACUGUGUCUCUGAUUUCUGACAUAUUAAUAAAAGAGCCUCUGCUUUGUAAA